ACUCCCAUGUUUUCAACUUCACCUGAAAGACGAGCCACUCGCCGAUCGCUUAGCUUCGCUCCUUCUUCGUUUUCCAUCUUCUACCGAUCGAACUCAUCAUCGAUCAUGUCAGGGAAGCAAGAGCAGGAUAAUGAAGAUAGUCUUACCAGAGGACUAUCACGAAAAUAUUGCAAAUGUGGGAGCUUGAAAUGGUGGACAUCCUCUUUUUCUUAUCCAGCUGUAGAUUUUCACUUGCGAAAAGGAGAAUGUCCAUCACUAUUGGACUUGUGCAUCCAGAAAAUAAAUGAGGAUAUUGAUAAAUAUAACACACUUUCUAUGCUGCCAAGGGAUAUAAGUCAGCUAAUUUUUAAUAAUCUGGUUUACUCUCGACGUCUUACCAGUACUUCCCUUGAAGCUUUUCGAGAUUGUGCUCUCCAGGAUCUUUACUUGGGAGAAUAUGAUGGUGUUAAUGAUGCUUGGAUGGAUGUCAUCUCAUCCCAGGGUUCAUCUUUACUUUCUGUAGAUCUUUCAGGGUCUGAUGUCACUGAUUUUGGGCUGACUUACCUCAAAGACUGUGAAAGUCUCAUUUCCUUAAAUCUAAAUUACUGUGACCAAAUUUCAGAUCAUGGACUAGAGUGUAUCACUGGUCUGUCAAACUUAACAAGUUUGAGUUUUAGAAGAAAUGAUUCAAUAUCUGCUCAAGGCAUGAGUGCCUUUUCUGGUCUUGUUAACUUGGUCAAGUUGGAUUUGGAGAGAUGUCCUGGGAUUCAUGGAGGCCUUGUUCAUCUUCAAGGUUUGACCAAGCUGGAAUCUCUCAAUAUAAAGUGGUGUAACUGCAUAACAGAUUCUGAUAUGAAGCCUCUAUCAGAGCUUGCAAGCCUGAAAAGUCUAGAGAUUUCAUCCAGUAAAGUCACUGAUUUUGGCAUCAGCUUUCUGAAAGGGUUACGAAAGCUUGUCUUGUUAAAUUUGGAAGGGUGCCUUGUCACAGCUGCAUGCUUAGAUUCUCUUGCAGAGCUUCCUGCGCUGUCAAACUUGAAUCUAAAUAGAUGUAAUCUUUCUAACAGUGGAUGCGAAAAGUUUUCCCGACUGGAAAAUUUGAAAGUAUUAAACUUGGGAUUUAAUGUCAUUACAGAUACAUGUUUAGUUCACUUGAAAGGAUUGACAAAGUUGGAGAGCUUGAACCUUGAUUCAUGCAAAAUUGGUGAUGAAGGAUUAGUCAAUUUGGCUGGCCUUAAGCAAUUGAUCUGCUUGGAAUUGUCUGAUACAGAAGUUGGAAGCAAUGGGCUACGGCAUUUAUCAGGUUUUUUAAGGAAAUUGUGUGGACUCUCAUCUCUGAAGUCACUUAAUUUGGAUGCUUACCAAAUCACUGAUGCUGGACUGGAAAACCUUACGAGUUUGACUGGCCUCACUGACCUAGAUUUAUUCGGUGCACAAAUCUCAGAUUUUGGGACAAACUAUUUGAAAAAAUUUAAGAACCUGAGGUCCUUGGAAAUAUGCGGUGGAGGAUUGACUGAUGCUGGUGUGAAAAAUAUCAAAGAACUGUCUUCUCUAGUAUGCUUAAAUUUAUCACAAAACAGCAACCUUACUGACAAAACCCUGGAGUUGAUUUCCGGUACUUUAGCAGACCUUUGUUUUCUGAGAGAUAUGUGGUCUCAUUUUGCUUGCUUUGUUUUCCACUUGAUCAAGUUGAAAACAGCUGCUGGAAAAUAUACUAACGAAAUCGUAAGGCUUGGGUUAUAGAUUAAACUUGAAGAGAUGUUUUUCUUUUCAGAGGGUGAUUGAUUAUGAAAGUCCUAAAUGCAUCAAUUAGUUGGCUAUUCAAGGAGCUUCUAGUUGGAAAAUGUGUGAUGAUUGGAUUUAAUUCCUGCAGUUGGGAUGUAAAUUUUUUGGGUCUGCUGGAAGAUAGGCUGAAAUUAGGUUACCAAUGUUGUGCUGGAUGGUUACUUCAGGAAAAGCGGGGCUAUCUUAAUUUUUGUUGUUUUCUUUUACGUAAUACUUGGUACUUAUUAUGCAAUUUCCAACCGCGGGACCAUAGCUGAUAGUGAGGCUCUAGACACAAAUUCCUGAGAAUCAUAGCUGCAACAAAUUUCUCCAUUAUUUUAUUGGUAUUUUCAAUAAUGUAAAACAAACGGUUUGCAUUUAUUGCAUUGAGUAGAGUUCUGAAACUUGCGUGGUUGUAGUUUAGCUAUAUAUCUGUGAUCACGUCAUUCACAUGUUUAUGCUCACAAUUUCAGGGCUUACUGGGUUGAUUUCUUUGAAUGUUUCAAAUUCUCGCAUCACCAAUGCUGGACUGCAGUAUUUGAAAACACUCAAGAACUUGAGAUCUCUGACGUUGGAAUCCUGUAAGGUGACAGCAAAUGACAUCAAGAAACUUAAAUCAGUGUACCUCCCGAAUCUGGUAAGCUUUCGGCCUGGAUAGUCAGCGUGGCACUCUAAUAUGUGUAUAUGUAUAUAUUAUAUAUAUGUAAGUCGUACUGACGGUGUUAGAAAAGCAUGUAAAGGCAACCUCAAAUUGUACAUAAGCUAUAUAAUAAUGGUGUCAUUCUGCUUGUGGUGCGAAGCUCUCUUUUAUUUUGUUUUUGUUUAUGUACAAAAAC